CUGAGGAAACAGGUGCUGUCUUUGGCGAAUGGCCUCUAUUUGAAUGAAUGCAUAUUUUAAAUAGACAAUGGUUCACAAUUAAAUUAAAACCGCAGCUCGGAUUGACAAAUGAAGCGACGCCGUUUUAAGCAUUAACUAAACUUUCAUAAUGUUUACAAGCCGAAAGGGAGGGUGUUACGCGUAUUUGCAAUAUAAAAAGACCGCUUACCCACUUUUCUCUAUCGUACAAAACAAACACAUUGUCCAAAACAGUAACCUACCGUUUACUUAGAAACAAAUAGAGCUCUCGCCGUGCAGUCUAUAACUGGGCGUGGCUUCAGCAACCAAGCCAGAAAGUUUGUCUUGGGUUAAAAAAAAAAAGGUUGAUCUGGAAAUCCAUAACAAUACUAGCAGCAGGGGGUGAACAAAUCGAACUACACAAGGUGGUGUACACUUCAAAGAGAAAAAGCCUGAUCUUCGACUAUACCUUCCCGGUGUUGCUGUGCCGGCUUUAUUGACUCCCUGUAAAAUGCUGCUGGAAGAGCGGAUUAUCACCCUUUUCAAACGGAACCUGCAGCACACGCUCACCUACUGGAGCGUGUUCUUCAGUUUCGGACUCUGCAUCGCUUUCCUUGGUCCGACGAUCCUGGAUCUCCGCUGUCAGACACAGUCCACCUUGCAGGAGAUCACAUGGGUGUUUUUCUCGCAGCAGUUCUGUCUGCUGAUCGGCAGCUCCAUCGGAGGAAUAUUCAAGACGUUAUUCUGCUCCUUGACGGGUCUCUUUGUCUCCUCCCUGCUCAUCUCGGUAGUCUUUGCCAUCAUCCCGCUGUGCCACAAUGUCCUGCUGCUGGCAGUGGUCAUGGCAGUGGCCGGGCUGGCCAUGGGCGUCAUCGACACCAUCGCCAACAUCCAGCUGGUUAAGCUCUAUCAGAAGGACUCGGCCAUCUUCCUGCAGGCUCUGCAUUUCUUCAUUGGCUUGGGUGCCCUGGUGAGCCCCCUCAUUGCGGACCCUUUCCUCUCGGAGACCAACUGCUUGCAGGGCAAUAACACCAGCAACGCCACCGAGAUCAUGCACCACAUCCGGCACACGCUGGUCGGCCCGUCUGCCAGUAACCUGUCCCAGUACAAGCUGCCCAUGGAGGGAGAGGUGGUCACCCAGGUCUCCUACGCAUUCUGGAUCAUGGCUCUGAUCAACCUGCCUGUGCCCAUCGCUGUGUUCCUGCUGAUGAAGUGGGAGAGGAUGGUUCCUUGCUGCAGGAGCUCCAGCCCCCCUCUCCUCACUCAGGAUGAGAUGGCCAUGGAGACACAAAGCACGGACGCACAGGACCCAUCCAGCAAGGACUCUGACAUGGAAGGUCACGGCAGUCUGUUCAGUUGCUGUCGGGGGGAGCACCUCCAGGGCGUCCCCAUCUCUUUCUUUGGAAUCCACAUCUUGGGGGGGCUGGUGCUGUUCAUGACCGAUGGCAUCGUGGGGGAGUACUCUGGCUUUGUGUACAGCUAUGCGGUAGCCGACCCCAUGAAAAUGGCCCACAAGACGGCUGGCUAUUUAGCCAGUGUGUUCUGGGCGGCCAUCACCGUGGGCAGGCUGGGGGCCAUCCCGCUCUCCUAUCGAUUCAAACCCGCUGGCUUGCUGCUUGUGAACCUGAGUGGAGUGAUUGUCACAGUCUUGCUGCUUCUGAUCUUCUAUAAGAGCACAGCGUUCCUCUUCGUGGGGACCUGGUUCCUGGGCAUGUUCCUCAGCAGCAUCUUCCCCUGCAUGCUGGCCUACACAGAGGACAUCCUGGAAUACCAAGGCUGUGCUACGACUGUUUUAGUGACCAGUGCUGGAAUGGGUGAAAUGGUCUGUCAAGUAAUGGUUGGAUCGAUCAUUCAAAUUAAGGGCAGCUACAGCUUCCUGUUGUCCGGGAUGAUCAUUGGCUGCCUGGGCUUCGUCCUCUUCUUCAUCCUGCUCUUCUUCCACAGAACGCACAAGCAGCAUCUCGCAGGGGGCCCUGGAAAAACACACAUCACGGAAUAGGCAGCAUUGUAACCAUGAUCAAAAGGAAAGGAGAGACAGAGAGGACACAAAACUGGACACGAUAUAUACAGGAAACUUCACCCGAGGGCAGAGGAUCAGAGAACUGCUGAAUUCUAAAUGCCACACGGCUUUCUCUACUGGACCCCCACCACUGCUUUCCUGUGAUGUACAGUAUGGAGACAAUCAGAUAUUAGGCUAAUUUAUUGAAGUAUUUAUUAUAUCCUUUUCACAGUAAUAAUGUUUCACCCUGAAUAAAUUGUUAUGCAAUUCA